GCCAUCUUGACUGAAUAUUUAGCCUCAUCCAAGGAACAUUAAUUUGAUAUCUUCGGGAUUUUGCUACCCUCAAGUCGGGAACUAGCAUUGUUGGGAAGGUUUAAACCACAGCUAUGAAACCGGGUCGAGAUUGUGAGUUUGACCGGAGUCACAGCGGAGAACCGGGGUGCUGAAGAUGACGCUGUCGCUCCUGAAAUUACCGGCUAGCUAAGCUAACGGCUAGCAUGUCCGCCUCGGUUGUAGUCUGUCACUAGCUGACAUUUAGCUAGGUGCAGUUAUUCUGUUUGGCACUCGCACUGCAGAAGACGAUUUCACAAGGAGGUGGAGUAAACUCCCAUGCAGAAGCUGAGGAGGUGGGAAUGUGAGACAGUUGUUAGAGGACUCAACAUGGGUAGGGGCCGAGGCAGAGGGCGAGGAAGGGGCAGGGGAUCGUCUGGCCAGCUGCGGCCCCCCUCGCCCUACAGACUGCAGCUCUCUCCAUCCAGGGAGACUCUGACGUAUGCUCAGGCACAGAAAAUAGUGGAAGUGGACCUAGAGGGAAGACUCCAUCGGAUUAAUAUCACAGAUCUUCUGCCCGUUAUCACGGAGGACGAGAUGAUGGCCCAGGACAUUGCUGAGUGCAACAGCAACAAGGAAAACAGCGAACAGACGCAGAGUAAAACCAAAUCGUGGAGGAAACCGUCAAACAGUAAAAGCAGGAGAAGCGGUAAAAAUACGUCUCACCAGAACCAACGGUCCGGCUCCCAGCAGCACUCGGGACCGACUAACUCUCUCCAGCAUCCGUCCCACCAAAUCCCUCUGCCUGAGCCUGUCUUUCGUGUGCUGAGUUCAGUUAGCCCCUCGGAGGCGCCUCCUCUCCCGACAGCCUACUAUCGCUACAUAGAGAAGUCAAUGGAGGAACAGGACAGUGUGGCCGAGUACGACAUGGACGAGGAGGACCUGGCCUGGCUGGAGAUGGUUAACCAAAAGAGGGUGUCUGACGGCCAUGCGUCCGUAUCCGCAGACACUUUUGAGCUGCUGAUCGACCGUCUGGAGAGGGAGUCCAUCUUGGAGUCUCGCAGCCAGGCUCUGUCCCAGAGUGCUGUUGACGAGGAUGCUUUCUGCUGUGUCUGCCUGGAUGACGAAUGUCUGAACAGUAAUGUCAUCCUCUUCUGUGACAUUUGCAAUCUGGCCGUCCACCAGGAGUGUUACGGUGUGCCCUACGUACCCGAGGGUCAGUGGCUGUGCCGCUGCUGCCUGCAGUCCCCCUCCCGUCCUGUAGACUGUGUGCUCUGUCCCAACAGAGGAGGUGCCUUCAAACAGACAAGUGACGGACGUUGGGCUCAUGUUGUCUGUGCCAUAUGGAUCCCAGAGGUGUGUUUUGCCAACACGGUGUUUUUGGAGCCUGUCGAGGGGGUCAAGAACAUCCCUACUGCUCGCUGGAAGCUCACCUGCUACCUGUGUAAGCAGAAAGGCAGAGGAGCGUCCAUCCAGUGCCACAAAGCCAACUGCUACAGGGCCUUUCAUGUCACCUGCGCCCAGAAGGCCGGCCUGUUUAUGAAGAUCGACCCCGUCAGGGAGACAGGUGUGAACGGGACCACUUUCUCUGUGAAGAAGACUGCUUUCUGUGAGCAUCAUUCUCCAGUAGGGUCUCGGCGGGACGGGUCUGGAGACGAGUCGGUUGAGGGGAGACUUGUUGGGGGCAGGGGUAACCGAGGUCAGAGGUCAUACACCCAGAGCCCCCCACCAGCACCAGCAAACAAGAAGGCAACCAAGGGCCAGAAGAAGAAGAGUACCAAGGGGUCGACACGUCGCUCAACUGUGCCUGUGCUGCUCGUGCCUCAGAUCCCCUCUCACAGGUUGAACAAGAUCUGCACAGGAGUUGAAGUCCAGAGGAAGAAUCAGUUUAUGCAGAGGCUUCAUAACUACUGGUUACUGAAACGACAGUCACGAAACGGGAUGCCUUUAAUACGCCGACUUCAUUCCCAUCUACAGGCGCACAAGACUGCAGAGCAGCGAGAGCCUGAUGAGAAGCUGUGUGCCGCAAGAGAGGAGCUACGAUACUGGCAAAAGUUGAGGCAAGAUCUGGAAAGAGCUCGGCUUUUGGUGGAACUCAUCCGCAAGAGAGAGAGGCUAAAGAGAGAACAGAUGAAAAUCCAGCAGGCUGCUCUUGAGUUGAAGUUAACCCCUGCAUUGGUGCUGCUGCGAUCCACCUUGGAACAACUGCAGGAGAAGGACACAGCAAAGAUCUUCUCUCAGCCAGUCAAUCUGUCAGAGGUCCCAGAUUACCUGGAGUUUAUUUCCCAACCCAUGGAUUUCUCCACCAUGUGCACCAAACUGGAGGGACAUGCCUACUGCUCCAUCGCUGACCUCGAGAAAGACUUUAACCUCAUGAUCUCCAACUGCCUCAAGUACAACUCCAAGGACACCAUGUUUCAUAAGGCAGCAUUACAACUGCGGGAGGUGGGUGGAGCCGUUCUCCGUCACGCCCACAGGCAGUCUCAGAGCAUCGGCCUGGACCCCAGCACCGGCAUGCAUCUCCCAGAGUCCCCCAACAAACAUGGCUUCUACAACUGUACGUGGGAUGAUGUCGACUCUCUCCUGGACCCAGAGAACAGACUGCACCUAAACACAGACGAGCAGCUGAAGGCCUUACUGGACAAACUGGACGUGGUUGCAUCCAUGCGCACCAGCGGUGGUCGAACCAAACGCAUCAGGCUGCUGCGCCGGGAGAUCAACGCUCUCAGACAGAAGAUGAGCCAGCAGCAGCAAAACUCUCAGUCUGUGAACGGUAACGACAAGGAAGACGAAGGAAAAGAAGAGGAAGAGGAGGAGGAGGAAGAAGAGGAGGAGAAGAAGGAAAAGAAAAAGGAGAAGACAAACAAUGAUGAUGAACCUUUGACUGCAGUGUCCGGGACAGAUGACUCUCCACCUGUGCUCGAACUUACCUGCCCAGUAUCAUCACCGCUGCCAGGAGAUGCUCCUCUCGAACCUCCUGUCCUGGGCAUCGUACCUGGAGGGCGAAGGUCACCCGGGCGCUCAUACAAGCGUCAAAGGUCAUCCCGCAGUGGAAGCAAAAGCCAAGGUGAAGAUGAGGCUGAAGUUGGUGAAACGCCAUCUUCACAGCAAGAGGCCGUUCAUGAGGUCACUCCUCUGGGAACGCCCCCGACUCUGCCUCUGGCAGGGGUUGGUCGUCGUACGUCUGUUCUGUUUAAGAAAGCUAAAAAUGGGGCGCGGAAGGUGAAAAACAAAUCCCCACCACCACAGAACAGGAAAACGUCUGAGGGUAAAACAAACGGGUUGGACAGCAGCACCCCCACCAGCCCAAAUUCACCCAGUGUGACCAAUAUCACCACCUUACCUCCCACUCCAAGCGCUUCUCCUACACCUCCCUCUCCUUCCUCACACCACCUGAGGUCCAGAGGCCCCAGCUCAGACAGCGAAGCAAACAAACUCCCUCCAGCACCCAGAGAAGGAGGCCUGACAAAUGGGAAGCACACCUCUGCAGACCAUGAUGACGAUGACCAAAAACUGAACUGUAGUGUCUCGCCACCCAAACGAAGUCGUGGUAAACCUGCACUCGCUAAAGUUCCUAACAGUGAGAAUGGAGACAUCUGUGGGUCUGGACAGUCUACACUUCUGUCUUUAGAUAGUGACACCGAGCUCGGACCUUUGGAUCUAGUUUGGGCCAAAUGCAGAGGAUAUCCAUCAUACCCAGCAAUGAUUGUUGACCCAGACAUGCCCCAGGAAGGGCUUCUUCACAACGGCAUCCCCAUUCCAGUGCCUCCUGUGGAGGUGCUCAAACUGGGCGAGUGGAGAGAAACGGAAGAAGGCGAAAAGCUCUUCUUAGUGCUCUUCUUUGACACCAAAAGAACUUGGCAAUGGCUGCCUCGGAACAAACUACUGCCGAUGGGGAUGGACGACACUGUAGACAAACUGCGCUUAAUGGAAGGCAAGAAACCCAGCGUUCGCAAGUCUGUACACACUGCAUACGACCGGGCCAUGGUGCAUUUAAACCACGUGAGAGGAAAUCUUAACUUCACUCCCUCCAAUUUUAUAUAAAAUUGUAGUUCAACGAUUUUAUCACCUUAAACGGGCUGGCUGGUUAUAUGUAUAAAAGCUUCCAAAAUGCUCUUUAAAAAGGUGGGAAAGAGUUACAUUUCCUACAGUUGAUGGUAAUUGAAGGUUUUCUGCAUAAAACUGUUCUGAUUUAAGUGCUUGAAGACAUUUUCAUACAUGAAUUUGUUCAUUUAUUCAUGUGAUUUUUGUAAGACAUUUUACACAACCACUGUUGCUAUGUGUUCAUAUACAGUUUUUAUUUUAGGCCAAAGUAAGUCAAGACUCGGGUGAGAGAAGUGUAAAUAUUAAAUCGUCAAAGGGAUCGUCUUGAUUCAGAACAUAGUUAGAUUGUAUUUGCCAUUGAAAUGUCACUGUGUUUUAAUGAAGUGUGAAAGUCCCACUUAAUGUUCACGUCAUAUCUGGACUCCGCUGAAGUUUAGCUCUGACGGUCAUGACAUUUCUAAUUGUAAGCGGUAUGUAUACACGCUUACUAUAAACGUUUUUCCUCCAAAUAUAUCCAAACCUAAAACCAUACCUCCAGGUCUGCGCUCCAUUGAAACACAUAGGAUCCAGCCUUUUUGUUAGCAUAAAGCUGAAGUGCAGGACUUUUAAAGAAGAAUGAUCAUCCGUUACAUUCAAGCCGUCACCAAACCAGUUCGCACAAAGCUGAGUGAGCCUUUUGCUGAGAGAGGGAGCUCUCUUCUUUUCCCAGUUUAUUGGAAUUUAGGAAUUGUGAUUUCUGAGGUAAAUUUCCUGCGCUGGCGCACCAGAAGUUAGAAUCCUACAUGGGUUUAGUUUUGCAACCUGUAGCCACAAAGCUCAGUGCCCAAAUCGACCAGUUAACUGUAAUAAUCUCCGAGUCAAAUCCAGACCCACCCCAACACAUUAAUAAACACACCAAUUUGCCGUUACACUGUUUUGUGUAAAGUACUGUUCCAUUCAGAUACGCAAAGCACUCAUACAGUCAGCCCCCACUAUAAAGCAACUAUAAAGCAAAGUGACGUGAAGAUAAGCGAUUUUAAAAUAAUCAUCUGUCCACAUAUCUAAAGUAACUGCUCUGUUGCUGUCAGUCAGCUGCAUCCUCAGCUCCAGAAUAAGUGUUGUCAAACGUCCUCGACAUAUUUUGCCAGUUUGCCAUGUGACAACGGAUCAAGAAGAGGCUGCUGAGUGUCCACACGGCCUGCUCAGGCGCCUAAUAUUAUUAAUAUUAUUAUUACUAUUAUUAUUUUUGCUUUCACCUGCUCCCCACCCAAAAAGUUCAUUUUACCCCAUGCCCGUAAGUUUAUAUAGAUUUUUUUUUUCUCCCAUUACACAACCUUUUUGUGGGUUACCCGGCAUGUAACUACGGUUCCCUGACUGUUGCAGAACGUGCAGCUAGAACGACUGGGAGUUUUACGCUUUAUGUCAAGCAGCCAGAGUGAAACGGGGGUAGGAGGGGGGAGAGAGAUCAUAAUGGUGGAACAGAACGUAAUAAUAUAGCAGAAACUAUAGCGGAAACUCCUGAGAAGCAUCCAAGAAAAGUUUCUGGAGAAGAUGCUUCAGAUAAAAAAGACACGCUGCAAUCACAGGAAAGAUUAAAGUCAAAAAAGACUUAAAGAGCCUUCCUGGGGGCGAGCUCACCAGCAGGCAUAAGCUCUGCACUUCAGCUUAAAACAGCAUUAUUCAAAAAGAAAUACAUCAAACCUGGUUGAGUUGGCACCGGCAGUAAAUUUAAACCAAAAAACUAGCAGAGUUUAACUAUGUUUGACUCUUAGAAUCCGUUUUGAGUGUGUACACGUUUUUCAGCAAUUUUGAAUAGUGCUCAGUAGAUAAAACAGGAUAGGUGUCCAAGAAGAAUAUGAACUGAAUAGAAACACUGACAUUAACUGCCACUGAAACAGUUCAACUUCAAGUCUAGCUAUGAUGUGUUGUAGGUGGGACUUUAGAGGUUUUUACUUAUUUUUCCAUAUUGUGAAACUGUAUCAUGAUACUAGAAUGGUUGAGUACCUGGUGCAGCUACUCGGUUAGUGAGAUGUGAAGCCACUACUAAGGUGAAGCUGAUUAUUUUGUGGUUAUGACAAAAUCUACUGCGAUCACUCACUGAAGAACUUGCAUUUUGUUUGCAAAUCUGGCUGAAAAGACUUGAAAAGCACAAUCGGUCUGUUAAAAAAAAACAAACAAACUUGUAGGAUUGGGGACUCCUGGAGCCAUAUAUGUGGCAUAAACGUGUGUGUGUGUGUGUGUGUGUGUGUGUGUGUGUGUGUGUGUGUGUGUGUGUGUGUGUGUGUGUGUGUGUGUGUGUGUGUGUGUGUGUGUGUGUACAGUAUAUACAUAUAUGAAUACAACCUCAGUGUAGUAAAGGUGCAUGUGUAUAGUUCUGUAAAUAUGUAAAUGUAUGUUUAUAUUGGCUUACAUGAAGUAAUUUAAGGAAUGCAAAAAUCAAAUUUAGAUUUUAAUUUAUAAUUUGUGGCAGUCGAGAGUGUUAUUUAAAAAGUAAACUAUUGAAAAGAUUUAUGUAUGAUGCUAAGUAGCUCUUUGUAAUAGUGAUGGUAUUCACCAACAUGUCAGAAUAUAUUCUCUAGAAGUGAAGCGGCACAAGACCUGAGCUCUGUAGACAGCAGUGGCCGCACUCGUCUAAAGAGUUGUUUUUUUUCUUGGGUGGAGGAGAUUUUUGAUCUUGUAAUUUGAAUUGUACCGCAAGAUCUAUAAUCUGCCUUUGACAAUAUUUUCUCACACAGGAAUAAAUGCUGUUUGAAACAA